AUGACGGCCAUUUCUGGUGUUAUUGUAACAGGAAGCACGGGUUUUAUUGGAAAGCAUCUAAUUCAUUUCUUGUUAGAAAAGAAUUAUGUAGUCAUUGCUACGAACAGAAACAACCAACCUUCCAUACUGUUGGACCGAUCGGAGGAAAAUCAGAAACUUGUCCAUCAUUUUGGCUGCAAGAUGGAUCAACCUGAAACUCUCCAUGAUUUAUUUGAGACUCAUAGGCACGACAGUCAAGCCAUUGUUCAUUUAGCUGCCAUCAUGGAUUUUCAUCCUCUCAACAGUUAUUCUUUGAAAAAUGGAAAGAAAAUCAUGGACAGAAUGAGAUAUGUGAACAUUGAGGGAAGCAAACAACUGUUUAAGGAGUUUCUAGAGAGCCCAGAAAAGAAAGUGUUUAUUUAUGCAUCAUCGCAAGCUGCUAUGGGACCCUCUGAAGGAAGUACUCCAAUGGAUGAAGACUCUCCGUGUCAUCCAGUGUUUGAAUAUGGAAAAUCAAAGCUGGAGGCCGAGAAGGCGCUUCAGGAUAUGUUACGAGAAUAUCAGAAAAAUCCAAUACACGGGGUCAAGCAUUUGUAUAUUUUAAGAUUCACAGGAGUAACAGGAAGUGGAGAUAGAUAUGCGGCCUUUGAAAUGAUACAAGCUUCUUCUUUUGGAAUCAAUUCUCUUGCUUAUCCAGGCAAUUGUGACAAGGGAUUAAUUUCGUUUGUACACAUUGAUGAUGUUUGUAAAGCCAUACAACUAUGUUUCGAAUACAGUGAAAGAAAUUAUCAGGACACAUUUUCAGAGAUUUUUAUUAUUGGACCUCGAGAAUCCUCAACUGUUAAACAUAUUUUAGAUGUUUGUUGUAUGAAUACCGGUUGGCCAACCCCAUUAUUUUCAAUCCCUCUUCCUGUAUUUCGGUUUAUGGUUGGGCUGAUGAGUCCACUUAUUAACUGGGUGAGAUGGAUGUUUUUUGGAAUACAAAGAGCCUCUUUCAUGUUUGCAUCUGACACCAUUGAUUGUAUGGAACAAAAUAAUGCUUAUUCUUCUCAGAAAGCUAUUUCAAAACUGAGAUACAAUCCUUUGACAUGCGAAGAAGCUUUCAUUAAAAGCAUUAAGGAACACAUACAAACAAAUGCAAUUCCAAACCAUCAAACAGUCAGAAAAAUUCGCAUGAGCUUGCUUUUUGGCUCAAUUGUUACCGUUUCGUUUUGCAUCGUGGGACUUUUGUACAUCAAGAAAUAA